AGAGAGAGAGAGAGAGAGAGAGAGAGAGAGAAUCCACUCUCGCAGGCAGAUACACCGAAGCAGCGGAAAGACCUGCAGCGAUGGGAAUCAAACUGUACUACACAACCGUCACCGCCUCCCGCACGGUGAAGUCUCAACAGGCAGAAGUGAUGCGAAUCCUUGAAAGUAAAAGCAUCCAGUACGAGCUCAUCGACAUCUCCGUGGGCCGGGAGGUGUGUGACGAAAUGAGGAGCAAAGCAGGGAACCCCACUGCAGUCCCUCCCCAGCUCUUCAACGAGGACCAGUACUGUGGGGACUACGACAUGUUGUCUGAGGCUGUGGAAGCGGAUACCGUGGACCAAUUUCUGAAGCUGGCGUGAGGGGCGCGGCUCUCACGUCUCGGCCCCCGUUUCCCCUCCACACCCUGUGUCCCCCUGAUUUGGGGCCCUUCAUGCAGUCUCUUUCCGCACCACCGGCAGUAUACACUCACUUUCAAUGCCAUAACCAAGAAUGCCAAAUAUCGAACUAAUCAGAAGACACACAUUCCCCCGUCGAGCACCAUUUCACUCAGUCUUAAUCUUUUUUUUUUUUUUUUUU